AUGGAGUAUGAGGAUUAUUUGCAAGGUGGGGAUUUCUUCGACGAAGGAGAUGAGGAGGAGAUACUUUUGACUUUCAUCUACUUUGUGCUUGCUGGUUUGGCUCUAUUCGACCCAUAUCUAAACCCUGUGGAGCGCCGACGAAUUCGAGAUGGUGCACAGUCGGGUGCUCAAUGGGAUUGUGUUGGAGCUAUUGAUGGAACGCAUGUUUCAGCUUGGUGUAGAGCCGAAGACAGGGAGCGUUAUCAGAAUAGGCAUGGCGGCUUAUCGCAAAAUAUAUUAGCAGUGUGUGAUCAUAAUAUGCGAUUCACUUAUGUCAGGGUAGGGUGGGAGGGUAGCGCACAUGAUUCUAGGAUCUUAAAAGAUGUCUUACUUGAUCCUAAUUGUGCUUUUCCACGGCCACCAGAAGGGAAGUAUUAUGCGGUCGAUGCGGCAUACAUGAACAUGCCAGGAUUUAUGGCUCCCUUUAGGGGUGCACGGGGAACCCAACAGGAGCGGGCAGCAAGAACACUUUUCAACAGACGCCAUGCAUCUUUACGGGGCAUUAUAGAACGCACGUUUGGUGUUCUUAAGAAGCGAUUUCCGAUACUUAAGGGCCCCAUGCAGAACUAUUUGAUGGCGACACAGAAUAAUAUUGUCCUGGCUUGCUGUGCAUUGCACAACUUUAUGCGUGAUAAUGUCCCGAAUGAUGCAUAUUUUGUUGAAGAAGAGACUAUUGCAGCACAGGCAGAUAAUAUAAAUCAUGUGGUGGAUCAAAUGGCCGGCACAGAACCACUGGAUAUGUCGCCUCAAGGAAUUGCUGGUUGGAAUGAAUUCAGGAGCGCCUUGGCAAACAGCAUGUACUAUCACCAACAUUAG